AUGGUACGCUGUGCUCGCUUUCUUCAUUUCACUAUCUCCCCCUCCGUUGACUAUGCAAGCAAAACUUCCAAAGAAAGCCCAAAAAUGGCGAUGAUGGAUUUAAAAGCCAUCUCCAAUCCCCUUUCACUUUGUCGGAAUCAACUUCUUCAUCGGAAAUUAGCUUCCCACAAAUCCAGCUAUUGUGGCCGUGAAACUCGUCGACAUCUUGCCCAGCCGGUACAUGUUGCCAAUUUGCAACGGGAUAUAAAAGCUCAAUCCCAUUCUUACGAUGUGGUCAUAGUUGGCGCCGGAAUCAUCGGGUUGACUAUCGCCCGCCAAUUCCUUCUCGGGUCGGAUCUUUCAGUCGCCAUCAUUGAUGCUGAUGUUCCUUGCGCUGGUGCUACUGGUGCAGGCCAGGGAUACAUUUGGAGGAUAAACAAGGAGCCUGGACAUGAAAAAUGGGAGCUUGCCUCAAGAAGCCAUGAACUGUGGGUGAAUUUGGCAGAUAGCCUGCAACAACAAGGCAUGGAUCCUUUACAGAUACUUGGAUGGAAGAAAACUGGAAGCUUAUUAGUUGGAAAAACAGAAGAGGAAUGUGCCAUGUUAGAGAGUAGGGCAAAGCACCUUCGUGAUGCUGGGCUUGGAGCACAGUUCUUGUCAAACCGUGAAUUACAAAUGAAAGAACCUGCACUAGUGCUUGAGGAGGGAGGAGCCGCAGUUUUCUUACCUGAUGACUGCCAAUUAGAUGCUCACCGUGCCGUCGCCUCUAUUGAGAAGGGAAACAGACAGUUUGCCCUUAAUGGAAGAUAUGCUGAAUUCUAUCAUGAGCCUGCCACUGGUUUACUGAGAUCUGAGAGCAGUGGAGAGAUUGAUGCUGUGCAGACUUCUAAGAGUACCAUCUACAGUAAGAAGGCUGUUAUUUUGGCUGCUGGUUCUUGGAGUGGGUCGGUGAUGCAUGGCCUAUUUAGAAAUUCAAACAUGGAUAUAGAUGUCCCAGUAAAGCCUCGAAAGGGUCACCUACUGUUAAUUGAGAAUUUUGACUCCUUCAAACUGAAUCAUGCUCUUAUGGAGGCUGGAUAUGUGAAUCAUCAGUCUGCGGCUCUGCAAGCUGCUGUAUCUGGUGCAGAAACCCCCUAUGAUGCUGAGACUACAUCUGUCUCAAUGACUGCUACCAUGGACUCAUCUGGAAGAUUAGUUCUUGGAAGCAGCCGCCAGCUUGUUGGGUUCAAUACAGACGUAGAUGAGUCAAUCAUUACUCGAAUAUGGGAGAGGGCAGCGGAGUUUUUUCCUGCAUUAAGAGAAAAAUCUCUGACUGAGUUAAAGAAAAAUAGAUCAGUUAGAGUAGGAUUGAGACCUUACAUGCCUGAUGGGAAGCCAGUGAUUGGACCUGUUCCUGGAUGGUCCAAGUUUUAUGUUGCUGCCGGACAUGAGGGUGAAGGACUGACUUUGGCUUUGGGAACUGCUGAAAUGAUAGUUGAUAUGGUAUUGGGCAAUCCUACCAAAGUUGAUCCUGAACCCUAUACUGUUCACCGGUGUAGUUCAUAA